UCGCGGCCGGCUCCGCGCCGCAUCGUUGGGUGCAUAGCAGCGCAGCGCGGCGGCCUUUCCGCAGCCGAGCGACAGCAGCGGCUCCCCAACCAGGGAUUGAACCCGGGCCCACAGCAGUGAAAGCGCCGAGUCCUAACCACUGGACCACCAGGGAAUUCCCUAUCUGAUUUUUUUGCAGAACCAUUUGAAAGACAAAGAGGAGUGGACAGGCUGCUGGGCCGGCUGGUGCCAUCAUGUCAGAGAAAGUGAACAACUUCCCACCAUUGCCCAAAUUCAUCCCGCUCAAGCCAUGUUUCUACCAAGACUUUGAGGCGGAUAUCCCUCCUCAGCAUCUCAGCAUGACCAAGCGCCUCUACUACCUCUGGAUGCUGAAUAGCGUAACGCUGGCCGUGAACCUGGUGGGCUGUCUCGCGUGGCUGAUCGGAGGCGGGGGAGCUACCAACUUUGGCCUCGCCUUUCUCUGGCUCAUCCUCUUCACACCCUGCUCCUACGUCUGCUGGUUUCGGCCCAUUUACAAGGCCUUCAAGACUGACAGCUCCUUCAGCUUCAUGGCAUUCUUCUUCACCUUCAUGGCCCAGCUGGUCAUCAGCAUCAUCCAGGCUGUGGGCAUCCCAGGCUGGGGUGUCUGCGGCUGGAUCGCUACAAUUUCCUUCUUCGGAACGAACGUUGGCUCAGCGGUGGUGAUGCUCAUUCCCACUGUCAUGUUCACGGUCAUGGCUGUCUUUUCCUUCAUUGCCCUCAGCAUGGUUCAUAAAUUCUAUCGGGGCAGCGGGGGGAGUUUCAGCAAAGCUCAGGAGGAGUGGACCACGGGGGCAUGGAAGAACCCGCACGUGCAGCAGGCGGCCCAGAAUGCAGCCAUGGGGGCGGCGCAGGGUGCCAUGAAUCAGCCGCAGACUCAGUAUUCUGUCACCCCCAACUACACACCUGAGGGCCUGGGGCUGAAGCCUGACAUGGUUGGACGCCUGUGA